GGUUAUUGGUAAUGAAAAAUUGUGACUAUUUAGUCAUUAGAUAGUUAUAAUCCAGAAAACUGAGUUAUGAAGCAAUUCUCUGAAUGAAAUCAGUCAAAUGAGACGUGACAGUCUCAAAGGGGGAAAUGUUGAAGAUUUUAUAGCCAAAAUAAUCCCUUAUAUAUAUAAACUUAUUCUACCAUUAUGUAUUUGAAUUAUCCUAUGCGAUGUAGUUUUCUAUGCCUGCAUGUAUGGAGGAUGGGAAAGGGUCUGCAGCUCACAUGAUUGAGUCUGACGCUCACAUGAUUAUAAUCACAUGUUGAAAGUCGAACAAGGAUGCUAUAGAAUAGGCCUCCUGUUCUGACGUGUUUGUGACCAAAUUGGGCUGUAAGAGAAUAGACCCUUUCUUCCUACUUCCAAUGGUAAUUAAUAAUAGUGGCAUGUGCCUGAGAAGACGAGUAUUUAAGCUGGGCUGGAAGAAGAGAUGUUAGUUGUUCUGCAGGCAACUCAGCUUUAUGUCUUUGAUUGUAAUCUUUGAUAUUAAAGUCUUCCUUUGGCAAUGGAACUCACAGAUUUGAGAGUGAUUCUUCACAGCGAAAAAGAACCACAACAGUACCUAUAGAGUAGUAUUGCAUACUUCUUAUCUUCGAAGAGUAUUUGGUUUGAUCACAUUUAUAAAAGAUAGAUACAUCUUAUUUACGGAAAAACACGACGUCCUGGGGGUGUGCGGGGGGAGGAACUAAAUCACGACCACACAAAACCCAGAUAGCACACGUACGUUUUGCCCCCUAUAACAUCGAAUAAGUAUAGUCCAGGCAUAGGCAGAUAAUUCAGUCAGUUAGUGCUCUAACCAGCUCUCUGUUACAUCUGCUUUGGGUCCUCUCAUUACUGCAGGCCGAUGCCACGCUUAUCUGUUUGCGCAUGCACAUUCAUCUUUUUGCAACCCACCAGAGAGGCGACGCGGAUGUUUUCGGUGUGGAAUAUUGGAACAAUUGGCAGAUAAAUAGCAAGUGUGCUCAUUUUGUUUAUGCCAUUAGCAGACUACAUUAACUGAGGUAAGGCAUUACAUUUAUGUAAUAAUAAAUUACAAUUCUUUCUUCGGUUUUUGUCUUUAUGAGGGUAUAGUGGGCGAUUUCAGAUUUCGCUUCACAGUGCGUCAGUUUCCGGUUGAGUGAACGCUGGCGUGUUUUGACUGCCGCUGCUCUCCCGCCCUUCUGUUUUCGUGAAUAAUUUUGGGACUUUAUAGUGUGCAAUUUAAAUUUCUGGAUUUUAACUCCCUUGAGUUCAUCCUGCAGAAUUUUACUUUGAUUUGAUUAAACUACGGUGCGGUUUAUGAACUGUUGUGAUCCUUUCAGUGAAAUUGUUACAUGCCAAACGCGAGCUUUCGCCACCGAAGCAACAGGCUGUUUCAUCUGUCUUCCGUGAGUAAGUACCCACUUUCUUUCGGAUUAUUGGUUGCCAGAUGCUGGUCUGGUUGAUAUGGUCUUAGAAAGUGCUGUUUUUCUUCUAUGUACUUGCACUGUGUUGCGGCUUAGUUGCUCGGUGUGCUGGCUAACGUGGUUUUAAACCCGGCAGAGUAUGCGCGACUCUAGGAUGAUCCUCCUCUUUAUACUGCCCGUAACUUUUUUAUCUGUUUUUAUUUAUUUUUGUGCGCUGUCUCAAGGAACUUUGCUGCCUAUUGGCUCGUGGGGUUUUUAUGACAUGACAUUUUACUCGGAGUUGGAUCUGCAUCACCUAAACCCUGAAGUUCGGCUGCCGCUGCCCACCAGCCUAUGUGAUCACUGCGUUGCUCUUGGUAUCGUUCGCCGGCCUCGCUACAUACAUCGGGGUUCUCGCAAACACUGCACUGGGCUUACCACCUCAGUUACCUCACCUGAUGGAUUUACUACCCCUGUUGUCUGGUCCUCUUCUCGCCGACUGUGCGCAAAGAGAGUGUGGAAAUAUAAACUUUGUAAACCACCGCUCUUUGGAAUAUGUCCCACUCAGGGCUCUACCGCCAGCUACUACUUCCUCUGUAACAGUACAGCCUUCAGUGAAAAUGGCUCUAGUAAACGCUAGAUCAUUGUCAAAUAAAACAUUCAUUAUGAACAACUUUCUCUCAUCUCACGCUUUGGAUUUUCUGUUUGUGACUGAAACCUGGCUGAAACCUGAAGUAUCUCCUUCUGACCAGGCCAAAUGGACAUGGUGGUGGUUUAGCUACAAUUUUCAAGAAGUCAUUCAAAUGUUGACUACUGUCUGUAGAUGCCUUUUCUAGUUUUGAGGCACAAAAACUAGAUAACGAUCUUAAUGGUCCUCUAAUCUGCAUCCUGGUUUACAGACCACCUGAAGUUAGUACAACGUUUAUUCAUGAAUUUUCAGACUUCCUGUCAAAUCAAGUGUCACGCUGUGAUUGACUGUUGGUUCUGGGGGAUUUUGACAUCCAUGUCUGCUGCCCCUCUAAACCUAUGGUUAAAAAUUUUAUGAGUCUCAUUGACUAGCUGAUUUUGUACAGUGUGUCUCUUCUCCGACUCAUAAGGCCACAUGCUAGAUCUUAUUUUGACUCGCGGUCUCUCUCUACACUCAUGUGAAGAUUUCGAUGCUGGUAUUUCUGAUCACUGUUCUGUAUUAUUUGAACCUGCAGUCCCAUAUGUACAGCCCAUCCUCUCUCAGCCUGUAUGCAGCUCUCGUGGUUUUUACUCCACUACUGCACUAGACUUCUCUAAAUUUUACUCUAAUUUUUUUACUAAUUCUGAGGUCUCUCUCCUACCUGAUAUGACCACUGAUCAGCUGGUUCUCAUUUUCAACUCUACUUAUUCUACUGCAUUGAAUACUGUUGCUCCGCUGAAGCCUAAAAAGCAGAAGGCUAGAUCUAGUCCUCAACCUUGGCUAAAUGCUUCUACCCGUGCGCUCAGACAGGAGUGCAGGAGGGCUGAACGCAGGUGGAGAAAGGAUGGGCUUCAGGUUUCUUAUAAAAUUUUGAAAGAUUCUCUAACCACCUACCAAAAGUCUGUCAGUACUGCAAAAUCUCAAUAUUUUUCAAAUUUGAUUGCCAUGAAUGCAAACAGACCAAAAGUUAUUUUUAAAACUAUAAACUCAGUUCUUAAUCCAGCCACUUGCUCAGCCCCUGUUGGCAAUCUCGAGACCUGCCCAGAAUUCUUAGGUUUCUUUGUACAGAAAGUACAAGAUAUCAGAUUUCACCUCACUCCCCCUGACAUGGUUCAUUCUCACGGGAUCUCUCCUAUUAAUUUCACUAGUUUUAAACCAAUGACUCCAUCUCAAUUUAGUGCAUUAAUUUCUAAGAUGAAAUUUACACAAUGCCAAUCCAAUGUACUGCCUGGCCGUUUGAUUAGAGAGGUGUUGGACACCAUUAGCCCUGCCCUUUUAACUAUUAUAAACAGCUCUUUGACUAGUGGCAUUUUCCCAGAGUCUUUUAAACACGCUUCUGUACAGCCCCUGUUAAAAAGAUCUCACUUCGAUCCAUCUGUUCUUAGCAACUACCGGCCGAUUUCUAAACUCCCAUUUAUUUCUAAGGUUUGAGAAAAAGCAGUGCUUUCACAAUUUACUUCUUACCUGGAUGCUUUUAACAUUCUGGAUAAGCUCCAAUCUGGUUUAAGAGCACGUCAUAGUACAGAGUCGGCCUUGCUUAAAGUUAUGAAUGAUCUUUUGUUGUCCAUUGAUUCCGGGUCAUCUGCCAUUCUGAUACUGUUAUAUCUGAUACUGUUAAUUAAUGACUGAUUAAAUUACGUUUUAUUUUGAAUUAUGAAUGACAUAGAAAUUCACAGUGCUGAUGAUUUCCCCCACGUUAAUUCUGCCAACGUUAUACUGGUAGUAGCCUACACCGACAGAUGCAGUGCGCAUUGCAAUGCAAACGCUGCGCACCUUGAAACUCCACGCCACGCCGAGUGUGCGGCGCGAACUAGCUGCUUACCCAUGCAGUAUCGGGGAACCAGAUUAUAUUUUAUCGAAAGCCAAAAUCGGAAUUUAUCACUUUGGUACGUAAGGACAAAACGGCUGGCUUGCAGCAGUCCAAAUAAGUCCCCAGUCACCGGGAUUGUCCACCCCAGUCCGUGCACGCUGUUAUCAAGUCAUAAACAUUUCAGUCGUUUGUUACUAACAUACGGACAAUGCAUAUAAACACAAACAAUCAUUACUGAGUAGUAUAAAGAAGAGUCCAUUCACAUUUCUUAGUAUAUCACGCAUUUUACACCGCCACUAGCCGCCAUGUUAGCUCCCUGAAUCUUAGUGCAGAACAAAACGUGAUUGGCUGAAGUUAGAACGUGCCCUAUUGGACAACGAAAGCGGAAGUUACCCGAUUGGCAUGCGUAGAUAGUGGGCGGCGUCCACCUAUUUGUGGAUUGUGUGCGCGUUUUGACGUUAGAAAUGUUUCAAAAUCCACAAAUGCACAGAGAGCCAUCCACAAAUGCGUGCACUGAUCCACAAAUGCGUGCACUGAUCCACAAAUGCGUGCAGCGAUUCACAAAUGCACAGAAAGCGAUCCACGAAUGUGCA